AUGCGACUUUUAAUCGCAAGGUUGUGGGUUCGAGUCCCACACUCGGUGGAAUACCAAUUUUUUUGCGCUGUCAUCAUGAGGGCGUUUCAUUCCAGCGUACUGCGCUUUGUACUGCACGCAUCAGUGUGGUUGUUCUCGACGACCCUGUUCAUGUUGUCAUGGCUUCUAGUGUCCACGACGCAUGACAACAAGGCCAUCUUCGUCCAUGCAUCCGCCGAGUUGAUGACCGUAUCGGGCAUGUCUGUCGUCGCCCUGCCUAUCCUUGUAGGCCUGAGCUUCAAGACAUCUAUCGAAUGGCCAAGCCGAAUCUGGUUCGAGCUCGGCUGGAUGUCCAUCUUCUUUCUGCUUUUCCUGGCUGGCUCCGUCAACCUCAAUCGAGACUAUCCCAACUUGGGCAAUUGCUCGCAAUACGAAAUUUGCAAGCUCAUCCAAGGCACACUCGCAUUCGCUUACAUCAACACAAUCUUGCUUUUCCUGAGCACGAGCCGCCUAUUGCUUCUCUCGCUUGGCGCUUGGAGGAGAGGGCGAAAGGACAUCUGGACGGCUCACGUCGACGAGGCUUUCGACGAGAGUCUCACGUGGGGUGGGCCGUCUGCUUACUCUAAGCACUUGCGCCAGCGUCAGAAGAUCUACGAAGAGGUCGAGACCAAGAAGGGCGACAUCUAG